AUGCCACAGAGUUCCCUUUACUUUCAUGUGUCAUUACCUGCACCUUAUGCUAGGAGUGAACUUUUAGUGUUUGUACUGAACUUUGGAACUAAUUUAAAUCAUAGUGAAGGCUCCUGCAAAUGCACAUUCAACACUCCUGUCAUGAUGGAUAAAGAACACUGGGGUGGCCUUGAAGUAUAUCGACCAGAACAUUUGAUUACUGAAACUGGACAACUUACAGAGGAUGGUGCACCCUUACCUUUUGCUCUUGGUGAGUUAUUGUCACUAGAAAGAGUUAUGAUGGAUAAAGAACACUGGGGUGGCCUUGAAGUAUAUCGACCAGAACAUUUGAUUACUGAAACUGGACAACUUACAGAGGAUGGUGCACCCUUACCUUUUGCUCUUGGUCGACGUCGGUGUUUGGGGGAGCAUUUAGCAAAAUGUUGUUUAUUCCAAAUGUUUGCCGGAAUCUUGCAAAAAUUUCUACCUGUUCCUGCUGAUGGUACUGACCUGAAAUCUAUUGCUUUUUGGGGCUUUAAUCUAGCACCAAAACCUUAUGACAUCAUUUUCAAAUCUUGA